AUGAAAUCUGCUCUUUGGAUCUCUCUCUUUCUCUCAGCUCUCGUAAGAGCCUCCAAUAACCGUAUAUGCAGCGCUGAGAAGGUGCGGGCGCCUUGCCCAACCAUCACCUCAGUUACAGCAUCUUGCGAUGCUUGUUUCCAUGCCGAAUGUGUGGCCAAGACUACUCUCGUGCAAGGAUGCGGUUGCCCUACAGACGUACCUACCGUGUACACUAGCCGGGGCUGCGAUGAAGGCUGUCCGAAGGGAUGCAAAUGGUCGAGCUAUGUCAUUGCCACCCCAACCGCAGGCUCAUGCUAG